UUUUAUGCUUGUAGGAGAACCUUUUGCUGGAAAGACCAAAGUUUUGCAUGUAUUAGCAGAUACACUUACACUCAUGAAUCUACGUGGGUAUGGGGAAGAAGAAAAAGUCACAUAUAGAACUGUGAAUCCAAAAGCUAUUACUAUGGGUCAACUUUUUGGACGAUUUGAUCCAGUAUCUCAUGAGUGGACAGAUGGCAUUGUUGCCAACACUUUUCGAGAAUUUGCUUUAGCUGACACACCUGACCGUAAGUGGGUUGUUUUUGAUGGUCCUAUUGAUACCCUGUGGAUAGAAAGCAUGAACACUGUGUUGGAUGACAACAAAAAGCUUUGUUUGAUGAGUGGAGAAAUCAUUCAAAUGUCACCACAGAUGAGUCUCAUCUUUGAAGCAAUGGAUUUGUCUCAGGCUUCGCCAGCUACGGUCAGUCGUUGUGGCAUGAUAUACUUGGAACCUUUACAGCUUGGUUGGAUGCCACUUGUAACAUCUUGGUUGAAUACGCUGCCUGAACCCCUGGACCAAAAGGAGUACCAAGAACUUCUGCAAGAACUUUUCACCUGGUUAGCACCACCUGCAUUAAGACUUCGCCAAAAAAAAUGCAAGGAACUGGUCCCCACCAGCAACAGCAAUACCGUAGUAUCUCUUACUCGGCUUUUUGAAAUGUUGAUUUGUGACAUCGUGCAAAAGGAUCCUACCAAUAAAAACAUCCGCAAAUGGAUUAUGGCUUGUUUUGCUUUUUCUAUGGUUUGGUCCAUUGGUGGAACCUGUGACAGUGAUAGCCGGAAUUUGUUUGAUAUCUUUGUGAGGGAUAUUCUAGCAGGAAGGUUGGAAGACCAUCCAGUUCCAGCAGCUGUGGGUAAAUGGGAGAUUCCAUUUGAAGACAGAGGUUUGGUGUAUGAUUAUAUGAUUGAGCUUAAAGGCAAAGGUCGUUGGGUACAUUGGAAUGAGUUAAUUAAGACUAUCAAUUACAGUGAUAAAAAUGCUAAGAUUCAAGACAUUAUAGUCCCGACAAUGGACACAGUCCGAUACACCUAUUUAAUGGAUAUGUGCAUUAAACAUGGAAAGCCAUUGCUUCUUGUGGGGCCAACAGGAACCGGGAAAUCUGUGUACGUGAAGGACAAGCUAAUGAACCAUUUAGAGAAGGAAUGCUACUUCCCAUUCUUUGUUAAUUUUUCAGCUCGCACCAGUGCCAAUCAGACCCAGAACAUCAUAAUGGCCAGGCUGGACAAAAGACGCAAAGGAAUAUAUGGCCCGCCAAUGGGUAAAAAGUGUGUCAUCUUUGUAGACGAUAUGAAUAUGCCUGCAUUGGAACAAUAUGGAGCUCAGCCUCCUAUUGAACUUCUACGGCAGUUUUUUGACCAUGGGGUUUGGUAUGAUCUAAAAGACACCAAUAAAAUUGUACUAGUUGAUAUACUACUGAUAGCUGCCAUGGGCCCACCAGGUGGUGGAAGAAAUCCAGUCACACCUCGUUUCCUAAGACACUUCAACAUCUGCACCAUUAAUUCGUUUAGUGAUGAAACAAUGGUCCGAAUUUUCUCUACGGUUGUGUCUUUUUACCUCAGAGUCAAUGAGUUUGUACCUGAAUAUUUCACAAUUGGAAAUCAAAUUGUCAGUGGUACUAUGGAGGUAUAUAAGAAGGCAAUGCAAAAUCUAUUGCCAACACCAGCAAAAUCCCAUUACACAUUCAAUCUACGUGACUUUUCACGUGUGAUUCUAGGCUGUUUGCUCGUUAAGAGGGAUUCUGUUCUAAGCAAACAAACAAUGAUUCGUCUCUUUGUGCAUGAAGUAUUUCGAGUAUUUUAUGACCGCCUUGUGAAUGACAUGGAUAGAGCUUGGUUGUUCAAACUAAUAAAAGAAGUUGUGAAAGAACAUUUCAAAGAAUCAUUUGAUGGAGUAUUUACACAUCUGAGACAGUCAAAUGCACCUGUAAGUGAAGAAGAUAUGAGGAACUUGCUCUUUGGAGACUACAUGAAUCCUGACCUUGAAGGCGAUGAAAGACUUUACAUUGAAAUUCCAAAUGUGCAAGUGUUCAGUGAUAUCGUGGAGGUUUGCUUGGAUGAAUAUAACCAAACUCAUAAAUCAAGAAUGAACUUAGUAAUUUUCAGAUAUGUGCUGGAACAUUUAUCUCGCAUAUGUCGUGUGCUGAAGCAGUCAGGAGGUAAUGCCUUACUUGUUGGAAUGGGAGGAAGUGGCCGCCAGUCCCUGACUCGUUUGGCUACAUCCAUGGCAAAAAUGAACAUUUUCCAACCAGAAAUCUCUAAAAGUUAUGGAAUGAAUGAAUGGAGGGAAGAUCUAAAGACCCUUCUGAGGAGUGCAGGCAUGAAGGGCUUGAAAACUGUGUUUCUAAUCACAGACACACAAAUUAAAGAAGAAGCCUUUUUGGAAGAUGUUGACAGUGUGCUCAAUACUGGUGAAGUACCAAAUAUUUUUGCAGCUGAUGAAAAACAAGAAGUUAUGGAGGGUGUUCGUGCAGUAGCCCAGGCAGGCAGUAAACAUGAAGAGCUCAGUCCCUUAGCCUUAUUUGCUUUCUUUGUCAAUCGCUGCAAAGAAAAUCUCCACGUUGUGGUUGCUUUCAGCCCGAUUGGUGAUGCUUUUCGCAACCGACUGAGACAGUUCCCAUCACUUAUCAACUGCUGUACUAUUGACUGGUUCCAGCCUUGGCCUGAUGAUGCUCUUGAACGUGUGGCUAUUAAGUUUUUGGAAAGGCUUAAGCUCACAGACAAUGAGCGGCAGGAAGUUGUUCCUAUCUGCAAACACUUCCAUACUUCUGUGUUGACACUUUCUGCAAGAUAUUUGGAAAUGUUGGGACGGCAUAAUUAUGUCACCCCUACUUCAUAUCUUGAACUCAUUGCUUCUUUCCAACAACUUUUGACUUCAAAACGAGACAAUGUGAUGAGGGCCAAAAAACGAUAUACUAAUGGUUUAGACAAACUAGCUUUUGCUGAAUCUCAGGUUGGUGAAAUGAAAAAAGAACUGGUUGAUUUGCAGCCUAAACUGGAGCAGGCUAAAGUGGACAAUGCAACUAUGAUGAAGGUCAUAGAGAGAGAGUCUGCAGAAGUAGAGGCCAAAAGCAAAACGGUAAAAGUGGAUGAAGAGCUUGCUACAGAAAAAGCAGCAGAAGCCCAGGCACUAAAGAAUGAAUGUGAGAGUGACCUUGCAGAGGCAAUUCCAGCCCUAGAGGCAGCUCUCUCUGCACUGGACACUCUGAAGCCUGCAGAUAUUACAAUUGUGAAAUCAAUGAAGAAUCCACCUUCUGGUGUUAAACUUGUCAUGGCUGCCAUCUGUGUCAUGAAGGAUAUAAAACCUGAAAAAGUCGCAGAUCCUGCAGGAAUUGGAGGCAAGAUUUUGGACUAUUGGGGGCCUAGCAAAAAAGUUUUGGGUGAAAUGAAUUUUCUAAAAGAUCUGAGAGAGUAUGACAAGGACAACAUUCCAGUUUCAGUCAUGCAGAAGAUUCGUUCUGAAUAUCUAACUAAUCCUGAGUUCGAUCCACCCAAAGUGGCUAAGGCAUCCUCAGCAGCAGAAGGCCUGUGUAAAUGGAUUAUGGCAAUGGAAGUGUAUGACAGAGUUGCAAAGGUUGUUGCUCCUAAGAAAGCCCGCUUAGCAGAGGCACAGCAGUCUUUAGCACAGACUAUGGCCUUACUAAAUCAAAAGAGAGCUGAACUUCAAGCUGUUGAAGAUCGUUUGGAAGCUUUGCAGCAAACCUUUGAAGAAAAAACGGAAGAAAAAGCUCGCCUAGAAUUUCAGGUGGAUUUAUGUGCUAAAAAGCUAGAAAGAGCAGAAAAGCUGAUUGGAGGGCUUGGUGGAGAAAAAUCAAGAUGGUCUCAUGCUGCAGAUGAUCUUCAAAACACUUACGAUAACCUGACAGGAGAUGUCUUGGUAUCAGCAGGAGUAAUAGCUUACCUUGGUGCUUUCACAGCUGCCUUUCGACAAACAUGUACUAAGGACUGGAGCCAACUAUGUAAGGAGAAAAAUAUUCCUUGUUCUGAGAACUUCUCUCUGAGUAAGACACUUGGUGAUCCAAUAAAAAUCAGAGCCUGGAAUAUUGCAGGGCUUCCAACAGAUCAGUUUUCCAUAGACAACGGUGUGAUUGUUAACAACUCUAGGCGUUGGCCAUUAAUGAUUGAUCCACAAGGUCAAGCAAAUAAAUGGAUUAAAAAUUCUGAAAAAGAAAAUAGGCUGAGUGUCAUAAAGCUAACAGACACAGACUACAUGAGAACUCUAGAAAACUGCAUUCAGUUUGGAACUCCACUUCUGCUUGAAAAUGUUGGGGAAGAGAUAGACCCUUCGCUGGAGCCCCUGCUGCUUAAGCAAACUUUUAAGCAAGGAGGCAUGGAUUGUAUUCGGCUUGGUGAAACAAUUAUUGAAUAUUCCUUUGAUUUCAAAUUUUAUAUUACUACCAAAUUAAGAAAUCCACAUUAUUUGCCUGAAUUAGCCACAAAGGUUUCUUUGCUCAACUUCAUGAUAACUCCAGAAGGACUUGAAGACCAGCUUCUAGGUAUUGCUGUUGCAAAGGAGAGGCCUGAAUUAGAGGAGGAAAGGAAUGCUCUUAUCCUCCAGUCAGCUGCCAAUAAUAAACAACUAAAAGACAUAGAGAAAAAGAUUUUAGAAACAUUACAGUCUUCUGAAGGGAACAUUUUGGAAGAUGAAAGUGCAAUUACGAUUUUGGAUUGUGCCAAAGUAAUGUCUAAUGAAAUUACCAAGAAACAACAGAAACCCGAUGAUAAAGCUGCUUCAAAAUCGAAGGCCAAGCCCUUGACAUCGGCUUUGACUUCAACUGUCAAUCCAGUCGUAAUUACUGGUUUAGUGACCUCAACUCCUGUGGUAGCUGUCGCCUCUCAGAAGACAUGUUUGCGGCCUCCAACGCCUCUGCCUACUUUGUCCUUCGCUAACAAGUCUAAAAUUUUGGAAAAACGCUUACGAUACCUAAAUGACCAUUUCACAUACAACUUGUACUGCAAUGUCUGCCGUUCCCUGUUUGAGAAAGAUAAGCUUCUGUUUUCAUUUUUACUGUGCUGUAACCUCCUCAUGGCUAAGAAAGAAAUAGAACAUCAAGAAUUUAUGUUCUUAUUAACCGGAGGAGUAGGCCUCAAGAGCAAAUAUAAGAAUCCAGACCCAUCUUGGCUACAAGAUAAAAGCUGGGAUGAAAUCUGUCGUGCAAGUGAUAUGCCUUCUUUUAAAGCACUACGGAAUCAUGUUGCUUCACAAAUAAAUGAUUGGCGCAAAAUAUAUGACCAUAAAGAACCUCAGACUGUUCCCUUACCAAGACCAUGGGAUGUAAAUUUGAAUGAAAUACAGAAGAUGAUUAUUCUUCGAUGUCUGAGACCUGACAAGAUUACACCAGCUAUAACCACCUUCGUGACUGACAAACUUGGGAAGAAAUUUGUUGAGCCACCACCAUUCGAUCUUACAAAAAGCUACCUGGAUUCAAAUUCUACAAUUCCUCUGAUCUUUGUGCUGUCUCCUGGAGCAGAUCCCAUGGCUAGUCUUCUGAAAUUUGCAAAUGACAAAAAUAUGAUUGGAAACAAGUUUCAGUCUAUUUCACUGGGUCAAGGUCAAGGACCAAUAGCAGCAAAAAUGAUUAAACAAGGAAUGGAGGAAGGAACCUGGGUUUGUUUACAAAACUGCCACCUUGCUGUCUCCUGGAUGCCAAUGCUAGAGAAAAUAUGUGAAGACUUUAACAGUGACACGUGCCACCCCAUUUUCAGGCUCUGGCUGACUAGUUAUCCAUCACCAAAGUUUCCAGUAACUAUCCUACAAAAUGGUGUAAAGAUGACAAAUGAGCCUCCUACAGGUCUUCGAUUAAACUUGCUUCAAUCUUACAUGUCUGACCCUAUUUCUGAUCCCAGUUUUUUUGCUGGGUGCCCUGGAAAGGAACUGAGAUGGGAGAAGCUGCUGUUUGGAGUUUGCUUUUUUCAUGCCCUUGUUCAGGAGAGAAAGAAAUUUGGGCCUCUUGGAUGGAAUAUUCCAUAUGGAUUUAAUGAGUCAGAUUUGCGUAUCAGUGUAAGACAGCUGCAGUUGUUCAUAAAUGAAUAUGAGCACGUCCCAUUUGAAGCAAUAUCUUAUCUUACGGGGGAAUGUAACUAUGGAGGAAGAGUGACAGAUGAUUGGGACAGGCGGCUACUGCUGACUAUGCUUGCUGACUUUUACAGCCCAAAUAUAAUUGAAGAUGCUCAUUACAAAUUUUCUCCUAGUGGCAACUACUAUGCCCCACCAAGGAGCACCUAUGAUGAAUAUAUUGAGUUUAUUAAGAAUCUGCCUUUUAGUCAACAGCCAGAGAUAUUUGGAUUGCAUGAAAACGUAGAUAUCUCAAAGGAUCUCCAGCAAACAAAAAUCCUUUUUGAAUCUCUGCUACUAACGCUAGGAGGGAGUACACAAGGCGGAUCCUCAGGCAGUUCGGACAGCACUUUGUAUGAAAUUGCAGAUGACAUCCUGAGCAAGCUUCCAAAGGAUUUUGACAUUGAAGCUUCACUACUUAAAUAUCCAGUGAGAUACGAAGAGAGUAUGAACACUGUGCUGGUACAAGAGAUGGAGCGCUUUAACAAUUUGAUACGAACCAUACGUACUACUUUGAUGAAUUUAAAGAAAGCCAUUAGAGGACUGGUUGUGAUGGAUUCUGAGCUAGAGGCACUUUGUGCCAGUCUUCUUAUUGGAAAAGUUGCAGAGAACUGGGCUAAGCGUUCAUACCCAAGCCUGAAACCAUUGGGGAGUUAUAUCUUGGAUUUCCUAGCUAGGCUGAAAUUUUUACAGGAUUGGUAUGAAUCUGGGAAGCCCUGUGUGUUUUGGCUGUCAGGAUUCUUUUUUACACAAGCAUUUUUAACUGGUGCCAUGCAGAAUUAUGCCCGGAAAUACACCAUCCCCAUUGAUCUACUGGGAUAUCAAUUUCAGGUUAUUCCUCAGGAUACUGCAAAUGCUGCUCCAGCAGACGGUGUUUUUGUCAAUGGACUAUUUUUAGAUGGAGCUCGCUGGGAUAGAAAAAAAGGACUUUUAGCUGAACAAUAUCCUAAAAUACUCUUCGACAUGAUGCCAAUUAUUUGGAUAAAACCAACAAAAAAAUCAGACAUAAAGAAGACAAAUGCCUAUGUCUGCCCACUCUACAAGACAAGCGAGCGUAAAGGAGUUCUUUCAACCACAGGACAUUCCACUAACUUUGUCAUCGCAUUAAUGCUAGAAACCAAUAAACCCGUACAGCAUUGGAUUAAGCGAGGUGUCGCUCUCCUCUGCCAACUGGAUGACUAA